AUGCUAGUCCUUCAGAGAUGUUGUUUGGAAAUCCUCUUUGUGUUCCAGGGCAGAUGCUUUCGGAUUUUCAAGCAGAAGUCGUCCGAGACUGAUUUUGUGUCGGCGUUGCGAAGGACUUUAGCUAAGGUUAAAUCCGUUGAAUCAACAAGACAUUGUCAUCCAUCUGUGUAUGUUCCGCGUGACGUUAUUAAUUGUAAGCACGUUUUUCUUCGAGUGGAUCGUGCUCGAGCUCCACUUGAGCAGCCUUACGAAGGUCCAUUUGAGGUGCUGAGUCGUAAUGAGAAGACGUCUGUUAUUGUUUGCCGUGGGAGAGAGGUGACUGUUUCGAAUGAUAGGUUGAAGGCGGCGUACUUAACGUGUGAUGAUCUUGAACAGGUUGUUCCAGAAACGCGUCAGCCUUCAGCGCUGUUGAAUGGUGAUCAGUUAGUGACUUCUGGUGAUUGUAGGCGUGAAUCCCUGUUGCCGAUUCCGAAAGUGACACGAGCUGGUAGAGUAGUGCGUUUCCCAGCAAGGUUAGCGGAAUUUCGUGAUUAA